GAAGAAGAUGAAGAAGAGCUGAUGCUUUGAGUGCUCAGUUUGGCACGUGUUUAAUGUGUUUUACAUUAUUUGUGGGACUUAUAUGUUAAAGAAGAAGCUCAUUAUCAUCUGAUGUAGUUUGUUGUGUUGCUGGUCACAUGUAAGAGAUGUUCAUCAUGAGAGAGCAGGUGGAUGUGAUUCACACUGAAGAACAGCAGAUGCUGCAGACACCAGUGAAGAUUGAAGUGAAGCAGGAGGAGAUAAAAGAAGAAAUCGCAGCAGAGGAGCAACAGAGUGAUGAAGAUGAUGAUGAACAACAGAGUGCUGAUGAUGAAACCACAGCAGAGGAACAACAGAGUGAUGAUGAUGAAACCACAACAGAAGAACAACAAAGUGAUGAUGAGGAUUUCAUUCCUUCAGAGCUGAUGGAAAUACAGGAGGAAAGUGAAGAGCUGAAUGAAGUGGAGGAGAAACAUCAUGAUUUUAUAUCUGGAGAAAAAUCUUUGAGUUGCUCAAAGACUAAGAAGUUCCCAUUAAAAAAGCCUCAAAGCGAAACCAAGAAAUCUUUCACCUGCUCUCAGUGUGGAAAAUGUUUCACACUUAAAAGCAAUCUUAAAGUACACAUGAGAGUUCAUACUGGAGAGAGGCCAUACACAUGCCAUCAGUGUGGAAAGAGUUUCCAAAUUAAACAGAACCUUAAAAGACACCAAAUAAUUCACACUGAUGAAAAGCCUUACACGUGCCAUCAGUGUGGAAAGGGUUUCGCAUGUAAAGAUUAUCUUGAUGUACACAUGAGAGGUCAUACUGGAGAGAGGCCUUUCACGUGUCAUCAGUGUGGAAAGGGUUUUGCAUGUAAAGAUUAUCUUAAAGUACACAUGGGAAUUCACACAGGAGAGAAGCCUUACAUGUGUCAUCAGUGUGGAAAGAGUUUCACAUCUGCAGCCCGUCUCGCACAUCAUCUCCGCUGUCACUCUGGAGAAAGACCAUUUGAAUGUGAUCAGUGUGGUAGAACAUUUGUUGCAAAUUCAGGCCUAAAACGACAUAUGAAAACUCACACAAAUGAGAAGCCUUACAAGUGUUCAUUUUGUGGAAAGAGUUUUGCACGUCUGUCCAAUCUGAAAGAUCACGAAAGCAUUCAUACCAGUGUGAGAGCUCAUAGGUGCUUUCAAUGUGGGAAGACCUUUGUUACAGCCAGCGACUUAAAAAAGCACCAAAGGAUUCAUACUGGAGAGAAACCAUACAAGUGCUCACACUGUGGAAAGAGUUUCACUGGGUCACAUGACCUGAAAAUGCACGAGAGAAUUCAUACUGGAGAAAAACCAUACAAGUGCUCACACUGUGAAAAGACUUUCACUCUAUCUCAAAACUUAAAAAAACAUGAGAGAAUCCAUACUGGAGAGAAACCAUACAAGUGCUCACACUGUGAAAAGAGUUUUACUUGGUCACAUGACCUGAAAAAACAUGAGAGAAUUCAUACUGGAGAAAAACCAUACAAGUGCACACACUGUGAAAAGACUUUCACUCUGUCACAAAACAUGAAAAAACACGAGGUAAUUUGUACUGGAGAGAAAACAUACCACUGCUCUUCAUGUGGGGAACAUUUCAUCUCGGCAAGUACUUUACGGAAACAUGUAAAAAAGAAUUGCCCGAAUAGUCACAGCAAGCAAGAAUCAUCUUCCGGUCCAAUGAUAUCAAGUAAAUAGUGAUAAUAAAUCCAAAGAUGGAAUUUCACUUUAAAAAACAAAUUUAUUUUACCCUUUAGUUAAUUGUUUGAAAUAAACUCAGAUUUGUGAUCCCUACAAUGUGUGUUUGUUUACUCUUUUAAUGUAGUUUUGAAAGUGACCGUCAUUGUGGUUUGAGGAGGGUGUAAUGAUUAAUAACGGUGGCUUCUUGUUUACAGUACUUCACAUGUUGUUCUGAAAGCAAAAAGAAACAAAUGAAACACUAAAUGUAGACUGUCUUCCGCUCAAUGCGACCGAAGCAAAGCUAGCGUAUACUCGCACGAUUCACCGAAAGUGAAGCGCUGCCAGAAUUGUGCGCUGUGAUGUGCGAAUGGCUUUCACGUGCUAUGCAGUCUCGUCACACUUAAACUUUUUGUUUGGCCUCCAAUAAGUCAAAGAAAAUGCUGCGUGAUCUUAAGUAAGGAUUACAUAAAGAUGUCGAUUGGAAUGCAGGUGUGAGGGACAUUAUAGACAUAAAAUAAUCGACUCCUCUCUUGCUGUUGUUUGCGUUCCAGUGAUUACCCAUUGGCACACGGGCCGUAGGUUGUCGCCCCCUGCUGAAUACAUUCACAUUAUAAAGCUUUUUCCAUUUAAUGUAACAUUUAUCGCAUAUCACUAUUACAAAUAUACAGCCUAUUGGAAUGAAUGUAACAUUGGCCUUUGUAUACUUCUAGCUUAAUUGUCUCUGAGAUUUAAGCAUAUUUUAAGGAUUAACAAUUUAUGAAUAAAUUGGCAAUAAAAUAAAGUAUUACAAUUAUUCCUGCUCUCUGCUACUAAUCU